AUCGAAUGACAGCUGGUUUGGUUGGGAAGAGGCGAAGAAGAAAAGCAAGUUUUGCUUCGAAACACCGACUGGGCCGCUGCAGCAAAGUUCGAUCUCGAGCACAGUCAAUUUCAUUGUAAAACUAGUUGCACAGUGUUAAAAUGGCCUCAAUUAGCUUGCUUAAUCCGAAGGCCGAGUUUGCCCGUGCGGCACAGGCGUUGGCCAUCAACAUCACCGCCGCGAAGGGCAUUCAGGAUGUGAUGAAGACCAAUCUCGGCCCGAAGGGAACAAUGAAAAUGCUGGUUUCGGGUGCCGGUGACAUCAAAAUCACCAAGGACGGCAAUGUGCUGCUGCACGAGAUGCAGAUCAAGCAUCCGACCGCGUCGCUGAUUGCCCGUGCCAGUACGGCCCAGGACGAUGUGACCGGGGACGGAACCACCUCGAUCGUGCUGAUCAUUGGCGAGCUGCUGAAGCAGGCCGACCUGUACAUCGCGGACGGGCUGCAUCCGCGCAUCAUCGCGGACGGGUUCGACCAGGCCCGGCUGCAGGCGUUGGACAUUCUCGAACAGAUCGCCCACCCGAUUGAGGUGAACCGGGAAAAUCUGCUCAACAUUGCGCGCACCUCGCUCCGCACCAAGGUGCACCCGGAUCUGGCCGAUCUGCUGACGGACGUGUGCGUCGAUGCGGUGCUGGCCAUCCGCACGGAAGGUAAGCCAGUCGAUCUGCACAUGGUCGAGCUGAUGGAGAUGCAGCACAAGUCGGCCACGGACACGCAGCUGGUGAAGGGUAUCGUGAUGGACCACGGUGCUCGCCACCCGGACAUGCCGAAGCGCGUGGAAAAUGCGUACAUUCUCACGUGCAACGUGUCGAUGGAGUACGAAAAGUCGGAGGUGAACUCGGGCUUCUUCUACAAGACAGCGGAGGAGCGCGAAAAGUUUGUGCUGGCCGAGCGCGAGUUCAUCGAGGAUCGGGUGAAGAAGGUGAUCGAGCUGAAGCGCAAGGUGUGCGACGGUACGGACAAAACGUUCGUCGUGAUCAACCAGAAGGGCAUCGAUCCGAUGUCGCUGGACAUGCUGGCGAAGGAGGGCAUCGUGGCGCUGCGCCGUGCCAAGCGCCGCAACAUGGAGCGUCUGGCGCUGGCCUGUGGCGGUAUGGCGAUGAACUCGUUCGACAACAUGGACGAAUCGUGCCUCGGCUUUGCCGGGCAGGUGUACGAGCACGUGCUGGGCGAGAACAAGUACACGUUCGUGGAGGACUGCAAGAACCCGCUGUCGGUGACGAUUCUGAUGAAGGGCCCGAACAAGCACACGCUGGCCCAGAUCAAGGACGCGAUCCGCGAUGGGCUGCGCUCGAUCAACAAUGCGGUCGAGGACAAGAAGCUGGUGCCGGGAGCGGGUGCGUUCGAGGUGCGCGUGCACAACAAGCUGCGCGAGUACGCCAAGACGGUGAAGGGAAAGACGCGCCUCGCGAUUCAGGCGUACGCGGACGCCAUGCUGGUGGUGCCGAAGAUUUUGGCCGUGAACAGUGGGUACGACGCCCAGGACACGAUCGUGCGGCUGCAGGAGGAGGGUCUGCUGAACGAGGAACCGAUCGGGCUGGAUCUGUCCACCGGCGAGCCGAUGAAACCGGUCGAUCUGGGCAUUUUCGACAACUACAUCGUGAAAAAGCAAAUUCUCAACUCCUCCACCAUCAUUGCCGUUAACAUACUGCUUGUGGACGAGAUUAUGCGUGCCGGCAUGAGUAGCCUGAAAGGUUAAAUGUUGGGAGUGAUGCACCGCAAAGAGAAAGGAAGAGCGAGAGAGAGAAAGAGAGCAUUUGGAUUCGCGAGCAGCGUAUUGUAUUGCAUCGUUUAAGCCUUCGCGCAUUGCGUCUUUAACGUUUCAUUUACACUUUCAUCUUACACUAAUUUCUAAGCGUCGCAAGGGUGAAAUCGGUUCAGUUGAACUUCGAAUCCCACUCACUACUAACACAGCAUCAGCGAUGCGGUCACUGUAUUCGCAGAACAAUAACACCCCCACAACACAAGUAAUAAACGCACCAGCUUAAUUAUUUCUACUACA